CCGUCAACCGACUAAUUGAAAUUCUCCCACCAGAGGUCGUCGAGGGAAAAUCUUUUCGGGAAUGGAGCUGCGACCUCGUCGGACAUCCACGGCAGUGUCGGGCAGUGCUGUGAGUAAUUAGUGAGUGCGCGUCCAACGGCACGACGACGUGGAAAACUGGUGGGAAAAUAACCGUGUUAGAUGUGAAAAAGACCAGAACAUCAGCCAAGCAGUGAAAAUGUUGGAUAAAUUGACGUUCUACGUUGGUGUUUAUCUACUACUGUUGCACAGCAGGAUCAAAGUUUCCCUGAGCUCGACGAUGACGCUGACCACGGAGGAAUCGGCCGGCCUGCAGCCCUACUUUGACUUUGAUGUCCAGCGCAAUCUGACCGUCACCGUCGGCCAGACGGGCUUCCUGCACUGCCGGGUCGAGCGGCUCGGCGACAAGGACGUGGCAUGGAUCCGCAAGCGGGACCUUCACAUCCUGACGACCGGCUCGUCGACCUACACCUCGGACCAACGCUUUCAGGUGAUCCGGCCGGAACACUCCAUCAACUGGACGCUGCAGAUCAAAUACCCGCAGGUGCGGGACUCGGGCGUGUACGAGUGCCAAAUCAACACCGAGCCCAAAAUGUCGCUGUCGUACGAGCUCACCGUGAUUGAACUUCGAGCCCGGAUACUGGGUCCGUCGGACAUUUUCGUCAAGUCGGGCAGCGAAAUCAUCAUGACGUGCGUCAUCCAGCAGGGACCACACGACCUGGGCACGGUGUUCUGGUACAAAGGCAACGCCCUGAUAGAGUCCACGACGCAGGAGAACAGUGUUCACUCCGGCGGCGAGAACCAGCGGAUCACGGUGGAGACGGACUGGACGGACGGGCUGACGUCCCGACUCAAAAUAAAGCGGGCCGUGCAGAGCGACACCGGCAACUACACGUGUGUGCCGACGAUGGCCAAAUCAUCCAGCGUGUAUGCACACGUAAUUAGUGGUGAACACCCCGCGGCGAUGCAGCACAACGCCGGCUGCCGAACCACCGGAACGCUCCUGGCACCCCUCUCGAGUCUCUUCCGGUUGCAGAAAAGCAUCCAGAGCUCGAGCACCAGCUGGUGGGGGUGGUCCACCGAGAUGACACUUGCCGUAGUCCAACUGGCCACCCUGGUGCUGGUCCACCUGGUGGCCACUAGCAGCAGCACCAUUUGGCACCACCCGACGCGGGACUCGAGAUGAAAGUGGCCCCCUCGAACGGUGGAUCUUAGCGUAAGCGGAAGACGAGGUAGUUCCGGAAGUAGUCGUUGUGAUGACGUUUGCUGGAGGAGGCUGGACCGACGGGAGGUGGUGGUGCUAUGAGGAGGGGGAAACGUCACCGAAGGGAGCUUAUCGGUAAGGUAGAUGUUUUUUUUUUUGUUUUUUGUUUGGAGAAUAUCUCUGAAGUUGUAAAUAUUCGAGAAUGUGAGUGAACGCGAGCGCAAAGGUAGUUUUUGCCCCAAAACCAACACAAAGAAAUAAAAACAUAAAUAAAUCAAACUGUAAUAGUCGUGGAGCGUGUGGAGCGAGUAUGUGUGCGAGAACGAAAGAAUCUCCUACACAAAAACAAGCAGAAAUUUAGCUGUAAGAUACAAUCAGAAACAAGAUUUAGUUGUAAUCUAGAACACAAUUGUAAAAAGCAGAGAAGCACUUAAAAACACACACACUCACUCACACUACUGAACACAGAAUAAACGAAGCAACACACAAACACGCAGAAAAAGAGCAUCCAUUCUCACAGACCACAGAAGCGUAAACGAAACGAGGGGGAAAAAAAGAAGCAGUCGCAAGUAAUGUAGGGAAGGAGAAAAAGAAAGCUCUCUCCAAAGUUAAGGGAAAACGGGAACAAUUUCUCCUAGCAACGAGAAGCCCACGGUUUUUUCCCCGAAGAAAAAAAAAAGAAGCAGUUUAAUAGCGUUUUGUACCGACCAGGGGGAGAAGGAAGAAGAAACGUCCUUUCUUUGGACAGUGUAACCUGUCAAGGAGAGAAGAUAAGGUGGGAUCGGACAGGUGACUGAUGGGAUGGUGGACGGGGUCGUGCGGUGAUGGGAUGGCCCCUUAAGUGAUUGUUGGAGGGAUUUUUGGGUGUUUCAUAAA